AUGGGUGAUAGAAGAGAAAAUAUAAAGAGAUCCCUAGGUAUUACCGAGUAUCCGUGGAGCUCUGAUGAUGAAGAAAUUAAUAUACCAACAGAUUUUAGAAGACCAAAUGAUGAAUCUGACCUCUCAAAUGACACAAAUGAAGAACCAAGGGGAUCUAAUUCACCGACUUGGAUAAAUGACCAAAGACACUCAAGAUUGGAACAGGAGCAAAUAUGGGCCUUGUUACAUGACCCAAACAGGGCAUCUAGACAAGAUGGACAAAGGUCAAUGCUCAAUUCACCAUCUGAUAACAUGCAUGAGCGUUUCCCAGCGAUUCAAUUGAAGCGGAUUGUCUCAUACAAGAAAGUGAGGCGUCGCGAUGGAACGACUUAUCGCCAUGCAUACGUGAGGCCAGCUGCGACACCAAUGGACCUCAGGGCGAACGCGGCUCGGGCCCGGCGAGGGGACCAGUCCCGGAUGACGCUGCCGAUGCUGAGCGGGGCGAGCAUUAUAUCACUGGUGAUGGAAAAUGGGGCCGCGCCAGUGGAGCCCCAGCCGUCCACAAGUCGCGGUUUGGCCGCCGCCCUUGCGACUCUUUACCCCUCUUCCCGCAGCAACUCACCAACCCCUACCGAUACGCUCCCUGCUAACGAACCUCUCCCCGCCAACGGCCCACCGCCCAUAAUGAACCCCAUCCCCUCUACUAACACCACCCCCGAGCCCUACAUACGACCCGAAGAAUCAUACCCCAUUGGCGACGCGCCCCCCACCACCCCCACCGGGAGCGCGCCUACGGACAACCUGGACCAACCCACUAUUGGUACCGGUGACGACGAACACCCGCAAAGAUUGAACACAUUGCCUCCUACUGAAGGUCGUGAUGCAACCGACGGAGAAACUGGCAACACGGAUGACAGGGAAAUGCAAGUGGCUCGUGAGGAAGUCGUGCUGUUUGAGCCCGAAUCGCACGCCGCGAGGGCGUCCGUCGCCGACGGCGGCUGCCGACCGAAUGACCUGCACAGCUUUGUCACCAUGGAGCCUUGUGACAUGGCGGUCGCGUCAUCAUCACAGCCACAACCGGAGUCGCAGUCUGGAAAAAGAAAAAGGAAGGGAUCUGGAAGUUCCAGUGCUGAACCCUAUACGGUGAAGGAAUUCAAUCAGUGCCUGCUGCGGCUGCUGGAGUGCCCCGUGUGCCUGGAGUGGAUGGAGCCGCCGGUGGCGCAGUGCCGCCGCGGCCACCUGGUGUGCAGCCGCUGCCGCUCGCGCCUCUCCUCCUGCCCCGUCUGCCGCACCGCCUUCUCCACGGUCCGGAACCGCGCCAUGGAGGGGGUGGCCGAGCUGCUGCGCUACCCGUGCCGGCACGGGUGCGGUCGCGAGGUGCGUCUGCGGCGGCGAGGCGCGCACGAGGCGAGCUGCAGCGCGCGCCGCUACCGCUGCCCCGCGCCGCCCUGCAACGAGCGCGCGCCGCUGCCGCUCGCCGAGCUGCUCUCCCACCUGCAGAAGAAGCACACGUCGCUGAUGAAGAAUGGCAAGACGCACAAGUUCUCUAUGAAGAUGAACACGAAGCAGCACGACACGUGGCUGGUGCUGGUCGGUCACGAGCUGUUCCAUAUGCGCAUAGACGUCGACAUCCGCAGCUGGGGCAUCGUCGUCUACGUCGCAUACAUCGGACCCAAAUGCAAAGCUAGCAACUUUACUUACGAGGUGACCGUCGUCGGACAGAACAACGAGCGGAGACUCGUCUAUUCCCGCGUGACGCACAGCGAUCUGGAGAGUUCCUCCCUGAACGUGUCCCGUCAGGACUGCUUCCACCUCACCCUCGAUCAAGCGCUCAACUUCCUCAGGCUGAAGAAUAAGCACUGCGAACCAGACAAGUUCCUCGAUUUCAUCGUCGAGAUAAACAGCAGGGAUGUGAAUGAAACGCCCAGCGAGGAGAGUAACACA